AUGUCCGGCUCGUCGCUCGGCCUCCUGGCUCUCGCCGCUGCCAUGCUCGACCAUCUCCGGCUCGCAAACACGGUGCUGCAGCAGCGGCUGCACGGCUACGAGCAGCUGCACGCCAAAAUGGAAGCAAAGCUCGCAUCGUGCACGAGCACGACUUCGCCGCUGUCGGCCGCGGCGGCUGCCGGCGCUCAGCCUGCAGACGCCAAGGCGCUUCUCGCCGCGCAUGCGCACUGGGAUUGGAGGAGCGUCGCGCGCGACCUGCUGCAGCCGUGGCCGAGCGUGACGCAGGAGAACCUCGCCUCGGCGGUCGCCGCGUGCAACGGCUCCGCCAUGUACUGCGCCCGGCUGCAGGCGCUGCCCAACCUCGACGUCGUCGUCGCCGCCAACGACGAGCCGCGCGCGCGCGCCGAGCCCGGCGACUUGCGCGCGUGGCGCCGCACCUGCCGCCGCUGGGGCGCGAACGCCGCCCCGCCCGCAAUCUUUUCGUCGACGGUCAACGCGGCGACGAUGGACUUGCCGUGGCUCGACUUUGCGUGGCCGCACAAGCUGCGCACGCCGCCGUGGUCCGACAAGCUCGAGAUAGCGAUGCACACGGGCAACGUCGGCUCGGGCUGGCGCAAGGCACUCGCGGCGGUGGCGGAGCGAGCGCCUCGCGAGGAGAUGAAGCUGCACGCGACGGGCGGCUACCAAAAGCACAAGUGCUUUAUGCGCUUCGAGGACCAGUGCGGCUACAAGUACCUGCUCAACUCGGCGUCGAUCGGCUACGCGAACAAGUUCAAGUCGCUGCUCCUCUGCGGCUCGGUCGUGCUAUACGUCCGCGAGGGGAUGCGCCACAAGGAGUUUUACGAGUACGGCCUGCUGCCGGGCGUGCACUACCACGCGGUCGACACGGCGGCCGAAGUGCCCGCCGCCGUCAAGUGGCUGCGCGCCAACGACGAGUACGCGCGCGCCGUGGCGGAGGCGGGUCGCGCGCGCAUGGCGUCGCUGGACGAGGCGGCGGUGACGGGCUUCAUGGCGGAGCUGCUCACGCAGUACUCGAAGCGGCAGUCGUUCCGCGUGGCGCCGCAGCCGGGCGCAGCGCAGCCGCACGCGUGCGACUUUGCGAAGCCUUUCUCGACCGCCGAGAGCUGGGAGCCCGACGGCGCAUGGCCAAAGCCCCACCCCCGGGCGCGGCGCGAGUGGACAUAA